ACGAAAACUGUGGGUUUUUUUAGCUUACAAACAGCCACCAUGGAGCUGCGUCUUUGUGUUCUGCUGGUACUUUGCAUGACGAGAGCAAAUGGAGGGAACAUUUUGGUGUGGUACACUGAGGCCAGUCAUUGGAUUAACAUGAAGCCAGUGCUGGAAACACUGGUGGACAGGGGACACCAGGUGACGGUUCUGCUCCCGAGCUCUUCAAUGUUCAUGAACAGCAGUGAACCCUCACGCUUUCGCUAUGAACCUUUUAAUGUUUCUGUCCCACGGAAGGUCCUAGAACAGCUUUUUGAAGAGAUUCUUCAUUUCUCCAUAUAUGAGAUGGAUCACAUGAGCUACUUCCAGAUCUACAUGAAAUUCAUGGAGAUCAUGAAGAAUAACUUGGGGUGUUCCCUUAAGAUUUUGGAUGGAGUGGUGAAAUCUGAAACCAUCAUGAAGAAGCUGAAGGAGGGAAACUAUGACCUCCUCCUGGCUGAUCCCAUCUACUCCGGCAGUGAAUUAAUUGCAGAUAUUUUGGGUAUCCCUCUUGUCUUCUCCUUACGUUUCUCCUUGGGUCAUAACAGGGAGAGAUUGUGUGGUCAGUUACCUGCUCCUCCUUCCUUUGUCCCUGGAGCUAUGAGCAAACUCACAGACAAGAUGGACUUUUCAAAGAGACUGCAGAACUUCCUUUUCUAUGCUCUGCAGGACACAGUGCUGGAAAACGUUAUGUGGAAAGAGCUGGACAGAUAUUACUCUGAAGUAAAAGGAACACCCACCAGUGCCUGUGAGAUGAUAGGUAGGGCAGACAUCUGGUUAAUGAGAACCUACUGGGACUUUGAUUUCCCUCGUCCUUUCCUCCCCAACUUUAAAUUUGUUGGUGGGAUUCACUGCAAACCUGCUAAACCUUUGCCAAAGGAUUUGGAAAAAUUUGUGCAGAGUUCUGGAGAUGCUGGCAUCGUGGUUUUCUCUCUAGGAUCCUUGAUUAAGAACAUAACCACAGAAAAGGCUAACAUGAUAGCUGCAGCUCUCGCUCAGAUUCCACAAAAGGUGCUUUGGCGGUACAAUGGAGAAAAACCAGACACUCUGGGUCCCAACACCAGAAUUUUUAACUGGAUCCCUCAGAAUGACCUACUGGGUCAUCCAAAGACAAGAGCUUUUAUCACUCAUGGGGGUGCAAAUGGGAUUUAUGAGGCCAUCUACCACGGUGUUCCCAUGGUGGGCAUCCCCAUGUUUGCUGACCAGCCAGACAACAUGGUCCAUGUGAAGGCUAAAGGAGCUGCAGUUACUGUGGAUUUCAACUUCAUGACAGCUGAGGACCUCAGAGAUGCAAUCAAUACUGUCAUCAAUGACAAAUCGUACAAAGAAAACACUUUGCGGCUGUCCAAAAUCCACCAUGACAGACCCAUGAGUCCUCGUGAUGAGGCGGUAUUCUGGAUUGAGUUCACCAUGAGAAACAAAGGAGCAAAGCAUUUGAGAGUCCAAGCCCAUGAGCUCACCUGGUACCAGUAUCACAGCCUGGAUGUUAUAGCCUUCCUCCUGUCCAUCGUUCUGUUCCUCAUGUUCACCCUCAUCAAGACCUGCAGUUUCUGCUUCUACAGGUGCUGUGGCAGCAAAAAGACAAAGAGAAAGGCCGAGUAAUUAACUUAGCUGAGACGUUCGUAGGCAGCUCGUGGGUGAAAACAAUGAUUGUAUUUUCAUGUGAGACUGAUAUUUGUCACAAACCUGAAACUUUCAUUUUGGAUACUGGUAAUUUCUGUGGGUUUCUCCAGCAAAUUAUCUCAAUUAAUCUCAAGUGUGUUCAUUUGCAUAAUACAUGAAAAAAAUGGACCAAAAAUUUUACAUCCAGAAAAUAUUUUAUUCACAUAUAGUCCCUUAGAAACUAAAACAGAGCUUCACGUUUCAAUAUGCAUAAAAACAUUUUUUUAAAUGUUCCAUUUCCAGUGACCUCUCACAGUAUAAAUCCUACAAGUAUUUUCAGCAACAUACUUUUUAACAAUUUAAAUGUAUUACAAUUAUAGUUUUAAUGAGAUUUUGAUUUAAGAUGAGAAUGCUUAUGUUUAUGUGAUUGCUUGACAUUAACACCACAAAGAACAAGAGAUGCUUCCAUGUUGUUGGUCCAGCACCGUCUUUGUGCCAUCUUUCUUAUACACAGUGCCUUAGACCAUAUUAAAUCUCUGACAGUAUUUUCCUACAUUGUGACUUGAAAUCAAAUGACAGAAUUUUACCAGUUGAUCAACAAGCCUACCAUUUAGAAGUUAGUGAAUAUUUGUAAAUGUAAGAUGAUUUUAAAAAAGGAUAAAGAGAAAGAAAAAGAAACAAGAAAAAUUAUAUUGUGCUGCACCUUUUUGCAGAAAUACAGUUUCCAUUUACUGCUUAGACGCACUUUUUGUUAGUUCCUGUAAUAAACUAUUUUCUUUGUUA